CUGGAUGUAAAUUGAGCCUGAGUUUCCAGGCGAGUGCUUGCUCUCUCUCAGCGUGUGUGUGCGUGAGUGUUUGUGUGUGUGUGUGUGUUAUCAUUAUUAUCCAGCCUGCUCAUGAUGGCCAGAUUCACCGAGACUGAAACGAGACGAGAGCAGCACCACCGUCUAGCGCACGGCAGCCUCGUCCUCGCAGCGCCAGCGCCGAACCAGCACCCGAACCAGUACCCGCCUCCCCAGCUCGCCCUCCCCAAACCCAUGAACGGCUCCGAGCCCAUCUCCAUACACCCAGACAGCGGCAGCAGCAUGAAGGAUCAGGACGCGAUAAAGCUGUUUAUCGGGCAGAUUCCGCGGAACCUCGAGGAGAAGGAUCUGAUGCCGCUGUUCGAACAGUUCGGGAAGAUCCACGAGUUGACGGUGCUGAAGGACCGGUACACGGGCAUGCACAAAGGCUGUGCCUUCCUCACAUACUGUGCCAGGGAGUCUGCAAUCAAAGCACAGAACGCUCUGCAUGAACAGAAGACGCUGCCGGGGAUGGCGCGUCCGAUCCAGGUGAAGCCAGCGGACAGCGAGAGCCGUGGAGAAGACAGGAAGUUGUUUGUGGGGAUGCUGAGCAAGCAGCAGAGUGAGGAGGAUGUGUACCGCCUCUUCCAGCCCUACGGAGUCAUCGAGGAGUGCACCGUGCUCAGGGGCCCUGACGGAAACAGCAAAGGCUGUGCGUUUGUAAAGUACUCCACACAUGCCGAGGCCCAGGCAGCGAUCAGCGCUCUGCAUGGGAGUCAGACCAUGCCACCCAGCUCGCCUUCUCUCCCCCUCCAGGGCGCCUCCUCCAGCCUGGUGGUGAAGUUCGCUGACACCGAUAAGGAGCGCACGAUCCGCAGGAUGCAGCAGAUGGUCGGCCAGUUUGGGAUCUUCAACCCCGCUGUCGCUUUGCCCUUUGCCACGUACAGCACCUACGCACACGCAUUGAUGCAGCAGCAGGCUGCUCUCAUGGCUGCCUCUCAUGGGGGGUACCUGGCCCCCAGCGUUGCGUUCCCAGCCGCUCAGAUCCACCAGAUGGGGGCCCUGACCCUGAACGGGCUGCCGGCCGCGCCCAUGACGCCAGUGUCGGGUCUCAGCUCUCCCCCCUCCAUCGCCCCCUCAGCAGUUCCCAGCAUCGUGACCCCCCUCGUGAAUGGCUUCACCGGGCUCCAUCACCAGGCCAACGGGCACCCUGCCGUGGAGGCUGUCUACACCAACGGCUUGCCAGCAUACUCAGCUCAAAGCCCUAGUGCAGCAGACACCCUCCAGCAAGCUUUCACAGGGGUGCAGCAGUACACAGCGAUCUACCCAGCGGCCACCCUGACCCCCAUUGGACAGCCCAUCCCCCAGCCCCCCCCUCUCAUCCAGCAGCAGAGAGAAGGGCCCGAGGGCUGUAACCUCUUCAUAUACCACCUGCCCCAGGAGUUCGGAGACAACGAGCUGAUGCAGAUGUUCCUGCCCUUCGGGGCGGUCAUCUCCUCCAAGGUGUUCAUGGACCGAGCCACCAAUCAGAGCAAGUGCUUCGGGUUUGUGAGCUUCGACAACCCGGCCAGCGCUCAGGCUGCCAUCCAGGCCAUGAAUGGAUUCCAGAUUGGCAUGAAGAGGUUGAAAGUCCAGUUGAAACGGCCGAAGGAUGCCAGCCGCCCGUACUGACAGAGGCCGAGAGCCAGCACUCCCUGUGCCAGCGCAGGCCAUAAGAAAAGAGGAGACAUCUUGGAGGAGUUUUACUUUUUUCUUUUAUAAAAAAAAAAACUAAAGCAGCUUCUUGGAGACGUAUCGGUGUUAAUUUAAGAAGCUGUUCCGGAGCAAAGCGAGAAGAUGCGCCGAUCCUCGACAGCGGAGAGCGAACACAAAGGAACAAACAAGCAAAACUCAGAUCGGAAACGUUACUGCAGCGCUGUCUUCUUAUCAAGACUGGAAUUUUUAAAUUAAGCAAAAAAACAAACAAAAAAAAAAAACUCUCCCCCCCUCCCUCUCUCUCUGUCUCUCUCUGUCUCGUCUCUGUCUCCUCUCUCUCUCUCCCCCUUCCUGUCUCUAUCUCUCUAUCUUUCUAUAUAUGAACAGCAGAGAGCUUGAGAUUUUUUGGUUUUACUUUACUGGACAAAUGAGGGUUAAAACUUGAAGAUUGCAGGAAAACAAGAGAGCGAUGUGGGAUAAAAACGAAAGGAAUCGCUUCUCCUGCAGGAGGACUGGCUGUCUGUCCCUCUGUCUGUCCCUCUCUCUUCUUGACAAGCUGAGGGGUUGCUGAGGUUCACAAGCUCUCCUUCUUUAAGGACCAAAGGACCAAACAUUUGUAUUGUUCUAAACUGUAAUGUAUAAUAAUAUUGAGGAGGAUUCGAAUAAUAGUUCAGGGUUUGGGGUGGAAAGAGGUUGGCUGUCUUUCUUUUAUUCUUAUUGAGUUUCAGGAUCAAACUAAUUGCUAAUGCUAUAAUAGAAGAGUAUUUAGUGGAGUAGAAUACUUUGAGUAGAUAUUGAUCAGGGCAUGCUCAGAACUGCAGUAACAGUGAAUCUUCAGUCAUGGGAAAUUUGUAUAAAAGUCUGAAGAGGUCGCUUUGUCUGGGACACGUCUUUUAGUUUUUAAAAGCACAGAAUGAAACUCGGCAAUAGCAACCCCUGCAGGUUUACAGUGCGCCCCUGCUCUAGAUCAUACACACACACACACACACACUCUCUCUCUGCGUGUCCUCGUACACCCAAUAGAUCACUAGCUAAUUUGUGGAAUCGGUGAUUAAAAAUGCACAGCUUUCAGCCAAGGUUAUAACCCUAUUAACAUUGCUUCAGCACACUCCUCAGCCCCCACGUCGGUUUAACCCUGCGUUGGGAUGGUCAUUGUCAUACACGCUCGCUCACUUUUUUUUUUUUUUUUUAAUGCCCUUUCUUUAUGCAUUCCAGGUCCUGAUAAGGAAACCAGCAGUGUGAUUUAUUUAACCCCACCCAUUUAAACAGAUGCGGAGACUGAGAUCCAGUGGGAUUUUACAUAGCACGCAGUGCCACCACGUGGACAAGCAAAGGUUAGGACAGACAUUCAACUCAAAUCCCAGACACUGAAAACGGGAAGCAAAGUAAAUAAGUGUUGCAUUGCUGCAAAUCCAGUGUAGCGCUCAGGUGUGCAGUUUCGAUACCGCGUGUGUUAGGAAUACAAACGCAGCAUCGUUAACCAAGGCCCAGUCCUGCGAAUAUGACAGUAGACACUGCUGGAAAAGUGCCUCCCGGGUCCAUAGACACACAGCAAUAAAAAGAGUCAAUGUCUUUAACUGGGGACUAAAGAACCCAAAUUACACAGACAGCUCUCGCCACAGAAGUGCCACCCGCUUCUUGCAAGGACAUUGCACAGCAGCUCAGUGCUGACCGAGCUGCUGGAGGACCUGCUGUAGCCUUGUUCUGAAGACACAGGAUCACGCAGCUUGCUCUGGGAAAGUGCACAGAGCUGUUUGCUUCAGUACAAACUGAAGGUCACGGGUUCUUUUAUUUAGCAGUUUAGCACACAGAUUUGUCCCCGUCAAAACAAGCCAGUCUCAAAAACCAGCACACACACUACAGUCCAUUCGCUAUUGCUAGACUGUUCCACCGCACGCCACGCACAUGCACACACACAGACACGCACUCAACAACACUCGAAUGACGUUGUUAUGGGCAAAACACUGGACUGUACGAAUGCCUUUUAAGAAGUUCAUUUUUUUCUAAUUGAAGUGUCUAAUGAGUUUAUUGAUUGAUGAAGCUGAAGACGUGUUUCUGAUGAAGCCUGACGCCUCGCAUUAGUGCCAUAUCACAACUAGAUCCAUCCGCAUUUAUUUCAAUUGUUUUUAACUGAGCCAGGAAUGAGAGACCUCCAAUAUUCGCCCUUAUAAAAGUUUCAAAAUGUAAUAAAGCACAGUGAAAGCAUUGUAAAGCACAGAGAGGUCUAGUAAAGCAUA